AUGGCUUCUAACAUAACUUUCCCAAGCUUUCAAGGCCCUCUUCUCAAAUCCAAUUUUCUUGGAAAAAAUGAUCUCUCCAAUCGUGCUCAUAAAUCGUCUUUCACAAUUCACAAACAGCCAUCGAUCCAUUCCCUAAGGCCAUGUGCCAAAUUCAAUCUAUCUGAAAUCUUGGGAGGCAGAGGGCUUUGCAAUGGUGAAGAAGGUCUGCUACAAGAGCUUACAAGAAAUGUUGAAGAACAAAAAGAUGUGGAAGAGCAAGUAUCAGCAGCCGUUGCUGUUGAAACAGAUGAAAAAUCAGAAAGUUCUGCGGCAAGUGCUCUUAAAAGCGUUCAAGAAGAUGCUUUUGAGAAGGAGCUUAUGGGGCUUACUGGGGGAUUUCCUGGUGGUGAGAAGGGGUUGCAAAAGUUCAUUGAGAAAAACCCACCUCCCAAAAAGCCAUUGGUUGCAGACUCUGGAUCAACUGCGGCACUUGUGAGCUCAAAGAAGCCAAAAGCACCUGAAUUGCCAUUGUUGCUGCCUGGUAUGAUUGCCAUUGUGAACAACCCUAAUAGCCCUUAUUACAAGUACUGUGGCAUUGUACAGCGAAUCACCGAUGGGAAAGCUGGGGUUCUUUUUGAGGGAGGGAAUUGGGAUAGGUUAAUUACUUUCCGACUGGGAGAGCUCCUGCGCAGAGACAAGGGCCCUCCUGGGAAAAAUCCCAAAUCUGCCGUCCUCGAACCUUUUCUCCAAAACGAUUCUGAAUGA